AUGAGCGGCAACGCUGAUAAAGCUAAAGAAGCCCGUGACACAUUGAGCUCGAUAUACUCCUUCUAUGCGGCUAACCAAGAUACUGUCGAAAAUGUCCCUUCCUUCAUCAGCAGUUCUAGCGGUGAUAUCCCAAUCGCCGUGCAGAUCCCGUCUGCAGAACAAACUGAAGAAUUGAAAAAACACCUGAAGAUGCUAAUUGAAACUCAAGAGGCGAUUGCCGGUAUUUCAGAAAGGGACCGGCGACUCAUGAUCGAGGCAGCCGACGCUAGCACCAUCAAGCGCAGGGAAAACAAACAGAACAAGCAAUCAGGGACUGGCACUGGAAGAUAGAACGGCAGAUGGGUUCGACAGAGUGAUCCGG